UGGAUCAGCAGUGAGAGCGGGAAUCCAGGGUCCAUAUCCUGCUCCUCAGGAGAAGUUCAGUCAGUGUUGUGAGAGAACUGAGGAACAACAGAGACUUUGUGCUAUUUCAGUCACAGUUCUUCAUAGUCCGGUUUAGUCUCCCAGUAAGUGCUGUGAGGACAUGGACUCUGGAGCAGAUACCCGAAAGCAGCAGCAACUAAAGCAACAGCCAGAAGAAUCAGAACUGUGGAGAGAGUAAGGUUCUUGCUCAUCGAACCCUUCAGAUAUGUCAUAGAGACAGCGCUACAUCAUUGCUGAGACUGUCACCGAUCAUAAGAACCACCACUCUCUUCGAUGAUGUUACUUGUAUUAUACCACAUGGCCACUGAAGCAAGAACAAUACUGAUAAUACUGCUCUGCUACAGAGUUUGGAACAAUUGGUGAUGUCAGAGACUUUUCAUUCAGCCUGCAAAAACAACCUUUAAAGAGGAUGAGGAUCUACUGACAAAGUGAGAACCUAUGUUGUCUGGGCGUGAGACUCUGCAGAGAAGAUGGAGCUGGAAGACGUCCUGACGUCUGGACCAGAUGAAGAAGAAAAGAAAAGACAGCAGAGAAGACGUCGCUCAGAGAGAGGGUGUGGAGUUUUAUCACUGAACCUGGUGAUCUCAUCAGGCUGCUAGUGCUGGAGGUUUCCCAGAUGAUGUUACUUGUAUUAUACCACAUGGCCACUGAAGCAAGAACAAUACUGAUAAUACUGCUCUGCUACAGAGUUUGGAACAAUUGGUGAUGUCAGAGACUUUUCAUUCAGCCUGCAAAAACAACCUUUAAAGAUGAUGUUACUUGUAUUAUACCACAUGGCCACUGAAGCAAGAACAAUACUGAUAAUACUGCUCUGCUACAGAGUUUGGAACAAUUGGUGAUGUCAGAGACUUUUCAUUCAGCCUGCAAAAAACAACUUUUAAAGUUUCUUGUCUACACAUCAGAAACAUCCGAAAUGGUUUGGGGACAAAUAAUUCCACUUUUCCUACUGACAUCCUAUAUGGAGUACAUUUUGGAUUAUUUGAGCUUAAAUGCAGUGAGGGGACUUGUCAAUGUGGAGGGACUGCGACCAUCACAUGUGACCUCACCCAUCCGCUUGAAGAAAUUGCCUUAAAAUAUCAAGAUAGAUAUCUGUUCCAUAGUUAGUGGAUGGAGAAAGAGGGAAGGACAGAGAAUGGAACAAUUGCCAUUGAAUGGACAGAAGACAACGUGAAGAUAUAUGUGAACCAGAGAUCUCUGUAAACCGUGAAACAGAAGAACUUGUAUGCGAAGCAGAGAGUGAUAGAAACAUUUCAAUACUCUGGAUGGAUAGCCAUGGGAAGCUCCUGAGAACACCAGGAUGGAAGCUGAACUACUCAAUGUUGGUGAUAGGUUAAGGUCCUCUCUAACAUCAAUGGAGGAGAUUAAGGAUGAAAAUAUAUGCUGUUCUGUCUUAUACCCAGUAGAUAAUGUCGUACAUAUAGAGAAGAAGUCCUGCAUUUCCAAUACAUGGGUAUUUGACCCCAAAUGCAGUGAGGAGACUUGUCGAUGUGGGAAGACCGUGACUGUCACAUGUACCCCGACCCACCAGCUUGAGGAAGUCCGCUUAAAACAUCAGAAUAAAGCUUUGCUCCAUGGUGCUUUUCUUAAGAAGGAGAUGUUGGUCAUUGAGGAUAAAGAAAUUGCCAUAUAAAGGACAGAAGACAGGGUGAAGCUGACCAUCCCCAGAUUCAUGUUUUCUCAUACAUGGAAAUAUUCUCUAGCUCUGGUAGCAAAAGAAUGAAGAGGAUAUUAUGAGGAGCACCUCGCCAUCAAGGUUUCUGGUUUAUGUGAACCAGAGAUUUCGAUAAACCUGGAAACAAAAGAACUUCAAUGUGAGGCAGAGAGUGAACGAUUUGCCCCAAUAGUCCGGAUGAAUAAUCAUAGAACGCUCCACCAGGUGACCAGAACAAUGGAGCCUGAACAACUAGAUACUGGGUAUAAGAUAAGGUCCUCUCUGAGACUGACAGAGGAGAUCGGGGGUGAUAUAUGCUCUUCUGUCUCAUACCGGAUAGAUGGUGUAAAUACAGAGAAGACGUCCUGCAUGCCAAAUACAUCAGAAGCUCCCGGAGAACAGAACCUGAAUGAGCCAGAGACUGCAUAAUGGAGACAACUUAUGGGGAAUCAAAGACACGAUGUGCCGAUCUAUUCUACUUUAUUGAUUGUGAGACAUGGAAGGAAGAGAAAUCAUGGAGAGAAAAUAUGAAGAAUCAUGAAAGGAGAGGAAACAAAAUCAUUAGGGGGGAAAUUCAUUGUGAGGACUCGGCCGGUCCUGGUCAGGAAUCCAUUAUGAAGACUGGAAGACAAAAAGAAGGGCAUGCAUCAAGGGUCCGGCGAUUCCUAUGGCUGUGUAUCAGUAUGUCAACCCUGAUUAAAGGGCCGUACCACAGACUGGAAUCCCUAAUACAGGAACAGGUGCAACUGGUCACGAGAAACGUUGUUGGUUCCUUUGUUUUGGAAAUAAUCAUAAGUAGAAAAAUUUGAGCUUCUAGGCGCUGAUCCAAUGAGUUAGAAAUGUUUCCGUACCUUGCCGCAUUCUUGAACACCUCUUAAUGAGAAGGUCGAGAGCCUAUGUGAGUGUUUGUCUUCACUGAAGCGUUGACAUUCUAUUCCUCAUCCAGGAAGUUAUGAAUCCCGUCUGUAGAAGGAAACUCCUGAAAGGGCAUCAUCUGAAAUGCCUUAAAGGUCUCUGGCCAAGGUGCAGAAGAGUCAGACGGCUGCCUUGAGACAUCAAUAUGUCUUUCCAUGAAGAGACUCUAGGGAGGUUAUCCCUGACCACAGACCUGCCCUUAAAGACCAACUUCACAAGCCCUAUUAAUAGUACAUGGGAUGUCGCACCUUCCUCAGGAACCAUGGAGGAUAUGAUAGCUACAUUCACCAUAGGGGUGAUCUUAUCCCUCAUGUGUGUGAUUGGAGUAGCUGGGAAUGUUUAUACCUUGGUGGUGAUGUGCCAGUCUAUGCGCACUGCAGCUUCCAUGUAUAUCUACAUCAUCAACCUGGCUCUUGCAGACCUUCUUUAUCUUCUCACCAUCCCGUUUAUUGUGGGCACCUACUUCAUCCAGGAAUGGUACUUUGGAGACAUAGGCUGCCGCAUCCUUUUCAGUCUUGACUUCCUGACCAUGCAUGCCAGUAUCUUCACCCUCACCAUCAUGAGCACCGAACGCUACUUUGCUGUUUUAAAACCCUUAGACACAGUCAAGAGGUCUAAAAGCUACAGAAAGUGCAUCGCCAUCAUUGUCUGGCUGGUGUCGCUUCUUAUAACGUUGCCCAUGCUGAUAAUGAUAAAGCUGGUACACAAGGAUAACAAGAGCAUCUGUCUGCCCAUGUGGAGUCGGAUGUCCUACAAGAUCUAUCUCACAGUCCUAUUUUGCACAAGUAUCAUUGGCCCAGGUCUCAUUAUAGGCUAUCUGUAUAUACGACUUGCCAGGACCUAUUGGGUAUCUCAAACAGCUUCCUUCAAGCAAACUAAGAGGCUGCCCAACCAGAAAGUGCUAUAUCUGAUUUUUACCAUUGUCUUGGUAUUCUGGGCCUGCUUCUUGCCUUUCUGGAUUUGGCAGCUCCUCCUCCAGUAUUGCGAAUCCCUGCCAAUUUCACCUAAAGCCAAUAGGAAUAUUAACUAUCUGACUACCUGCUUGACCUAUAGCAACAGUUGCAUUAACCCCUUCCUCUACACGUUACUGACAAAAAACUACAAGGAGUACUUGAGGAACCGGCAGAGGUCCUGGAGCAACAGUGGCUACUUCAGGAACCGUUUCCAAAGGAUAUCUGGAAGGUCCAUGUCCACCAGCAGUCAACAGUGCACCGAAACUUUUGUCUUGGCACAAUGUCCUGGAGGCAACAACAGCUUCUGAAGGCAUCAAAAUGUGUCUUCUGAGACCUAAAUUAUCCAGGAUUUAUCAAACACAUAUAGGUCUUAAUGCUUGCAUCUUUGACAUUCAGUGUACUAUCGUAGGGUAAAUGAUCGAAAAUACUGUGAUAAACAGGUACUAUAUAACUUGCCUCUGACCAUCAACUUGUCAUAGAUUUUGGAGUCCUCUACUUACCAUUGCUGAAGUCAGUAUUGGACCUGAUGUAUUGUGCUGUUUUAAGGCUCUUCUCAUCUCAGGACUUUUAUCCUCCACAUGUUCUUCUUCUUUAGUCAUUAAAAGUAAAUGUCACCUUCUAAUGUGGUGUUUAUCUAUCGCCACACCUUGUUCAGUGUUUACUAACCUUUUACCUGGAACCAAACACAUUGUCAUUGGUUCCAAGGUCUAAUGGUCUUCUACCAUCUUUAUUCUAUCAAGAUGGUAGGAUCUCUUGCAGGUGAAAUAUAUACCAGCCUUAAACAUGGUGGCAUAAGACUGUUGCUCAUGGUAUUAGUCAUAGUAAAUAUACAUCACCAACUUUAGGUCUGUAUCUAUGGUAUUCUGUAUCUAUGUUGUGUGACAAAGGAAUAUAUUGAAACUCCUGAACUGAAAUGCAAAAUCGAUAUCAGACUCCCCACGUACUAUGUGCCAUUUAUUAUACUGGUGCCUAUGGUUGAGGGACCCUUGGAUCCCUUUAGUACAAUGGUGCCUGUGUGACUGUUACACCUG